UUGGUUUUAAAUUUCAGCUGAAAGUCAGACUCAGUCAGUACAGCAGUAAUACUACAGUCAGUACAGCAGUAAUACUACAGUCAGUAUAGCAGUAAUACUACAGUCAGUACAGCAGUAAUACUACAGUCAGUACAGCAGUAAUACUACAGUCAGCAGUAGUUAUCAGUCAGUAUCAUACUUUAUACUCUAUACCAAGUACUGUAGUACUGUAAUGUUGUAGUACUGUACUAUUGUAGUAUUGUAGUGUUGUAGUACUUUAGUAGUACUUCAUGGCUAAAUGGGGUGAAGGAGAUCCUCGAUGGAUCGUUGAAGAGAGAGCCGACGCCACCAACGUCAACAACUGGCACUGGACAGAGCGUGAUGUCAGCGGCUGGUCGUCAGAGCGUCUUCGUCAGCUGCUGCUGGCAGUUCGGGUGGAGGGACCCGAGGGCAUCUGUCAGCUGACCGACAUCUCCAAACUAGACGGAGAAGCUUCCAUCAACAACCGCAAAGGAAAACUCAUCUUCUUCUACGAGUGGCAGCUCAGAGCCAGCUGGCUGGGGACGUCGAGUGGCGGACUUAAGUACAGAGGAACCAUCGAAGUCCUCAAUCUGUCUGACGAGAACGACAUGGAUGACCUUGAUAUCUCAGUGUCUCUGUGUAAAGACCAGCCUGACACGCCGCUCCUGAACCUCAUGAAGAAGACCGGAGUUAACGAGGUCCGGAGGGUUUUGGGUGAAUACAUCCGGCAGCUCAGAUCAGAGUUCAGUCUGGGAAUGAUCCUUCCCACUGCAGAUGGACCGAAGCGGCCCCAAGAAACCAAGAAGAACCCGAUCCAGACCAGUAAAACUCAGAUAAGCCCCGCCCCAAGGUGCUCCUCCAGCUCCGCCUCCUGUCCGACAGGUGUCCGAAUCUCGACCUGCACUUUUGAUCUGAAGGAAACCUUCCAAACAUCAGUUGAUGAACUCUACCGGACCUUCGUCAACCAGGAGUUUGUGCAGGUGUUCACACGCUCAGCGGCAGUGGUGGAUGCUCGCCGUGGUGGGCGGUUUCAGCUGUUGGAUGGAAACAUCAGUGGAGAGUUCACACAGCUGGUACCGGACCGGAGGAUCGAGAUGAGGUGGCGGUUCAGGACGUGGCCCAGUGAGCACUACGCCACUAUCAGUCUGGAUCUGGAGGACCAAGGAGACGAGACGGAGCUGAGGAUGGAGUGUCGAGGAGUCCCUGCAGGGGAGGAGGACUCCACCAGGGAGGGCUUGAACCGGUUCUAUUUCCAGGCCAUCAAACAGACAUUUGGAUACUGAGGAGCUUAAGGGAACAAUCUAACAGGUCCCAUGUGGAGUCCCUCAGCGCGGAGACCCGGAGCCUUGGAGCCCUGAUCAACAGAAUGUUGGACUGUUCCCUUAAAGUUUAAUUUGUUGUGUGUGAAUAAACGUUUAGACAUCUUC